UAUCUCUAUAUCUCUAUAUCUAUAUUUAUAUCUAUAUAUCUAUAUAUCUAUAUCUCUAUAUCUAUAUCUAUCUAUCUAUCUUAUCUCUAUAUCUCUAUAUCUAUAUUUAUAUCUAUAUAUCUAUAUCUCUAUAUCUAUAUCUAUAUCUAUAUAUAUCUAUAUCUAUAUAUAUAUAUAUAUAUAUAUAUAUAUAUAUAUAUAUAUAUAUAUAUAUACAUA